GAGAAGGUUUUUUCGUUUAGCUGUAAAAUGAUAUCAGCAACGGGAACAGCUAUGGGACAGAGGCUUGAUUUCAGACUGCUUCGGGGGCAUUUGGCUCACUUGGACAACCAUUAAUACAAUGGACAGCCCAGAAGAAAUGAAGGAAUGCGAAUGACUUCGGAAAACUGGUAAAGAAAAAUAUCAGCUGCAAUUCACAGUGAAGUUGCAAGUUCUGAAGGUGCGCAGGCUACAAAGCCUAUGGCUAUCAUUAUAGCAUUUAACCAUUUUGCAUUGAGAUCCAUUCGCCUUGAGCAUCAUGAAGAGGAAGGUGACAUAUUGCGUUUGUUUUCAUGUUGUUUCUAUGUUUCUACAUUGUCCAAGAUGACACAUUGACACUGAAAUAGUCUCGUUGCAAGAUUGUAGCCGCAUAAGAUCGUUUCAAAGAAUCGCAUCAUCGAGGACCUCCUCGUGGAGGGCUGGCCUAUUUUUAAGGCAGACGUGGGGCGGGCAGUGUUGAGAAUUCCACUAGUAGUUAUUUGAAGUGGAUCCCUCGGAAGACCGGGGAUAUUUUUAAUUGAAUGUAUUGCUCAUUUAAUUCAAACGAAAUGAUGAAUUCUGUGUUUGCUGAGGCUUCGCUCUCUCCGGGUACUGCUGCGGUCCCCCCAGGUGCUAGGGUGUCUAGUGCCCUACGGAACGACCUGGGUUCCAACAUUCAUGCCUUGAAAACCCUUAACCUGCGAUUUCGAUGUUUCCUAGCUAAAGUUCACGAAUUGGAGCGUAGAAACAAGUUGUUAGAAAAUCAACUACAGCAGGCAUUAGAGCAAGCCCGUUACAGAGCUUACUUUACCCGAGAACAAGCAACCCAAACGGGCUAUUUGGACCAUUCUCUGGCUGGAUCCCAGCCACGGGUACCAGGUACGAUAUGGAGCUUCACCCACACAAGGAGGUUUGGAGACCGAGUCAAGAUUUUCCAUAGCCCCGGGGUGUCUUGGAUGCAGCCAGACGGUGUUGGAGUUCAAGUGGACACUGUCACGCCUGAACUGCGAGCAUUGUACAAUGUUUUGGCUAAAGUCAAAAGAGAUAGAGACGAGUACAGAAAAAAGUGGGAGGAGGAGCUGUAUAAGCGGCAGCAGAUGGAGGCCAUGGUGGAGACAUUAAAGGAGAGUGCCCAGGAGUCCCAAGUGGUUCAGGAGGAGCUCACUGAGAAGGUGGACAGACUUAAUACAGAGCUGGUGGUCUUCAAGAGCCUCAUGACUGACAAUAAAAACCCAACCGACUUUCAAUUGUGCGGACUGGUUCAACUUACGGAAAUGUCAGAUUUGGACACUGCGAUCCAGGAGAAGGCCAUGAAGGUGGACAUGGACAUCUGCAGACGCAUCGACAUCACAGCCAAGCUCUGCGACGUGGCUCAACAGCGCAACUCAGAAGACAUGAGCAAGAUGUUCAGCAUGAGUCCCUCAAGAUCCGCCCCAGACAGCAAGGGUGCUGCCUCGUGCAGGAGGAAGGAGCGUAAAGCCGUGUGUGAGGAGAGGAGUUCCGACAUGGGACCUGAUUCUGUGGGCGGAGAGGAGGAUGGAGAAGAGGAGCUACCAGAGAAGGAGCAGGUCGUUGGGUGCCUCAACAUCACAGACGAGAUGAAACGCAUGCUCAACCAGCUAACUUGCUCAGAUGAUAAUUCCUUUGUCACCAGGAGGGAGACGUUUGACUUUGAUGACGACUGUGACAGCCUAGCGUGGGAGGAGAACGAGGAGACGCUGCUCCUCUGGGAGGACUUUGCCAACUACAACACCCCCUGUGCUGCAGCCAGUGCUACUACAGGUGCCUGUGCUGCAGCAGAAGGCCAGGGGGAGGGCCCUGGGCAGGCCUCUCAGGAUGGCAGUCUGGGAAGCCUGAUUGACGAGACCGAGAUGCUUUUCCAGAACCGAGAGAAGGAGUACCAGGAGACCAUGGGACAAAUUGAGUAUGAGCUGGCUACAGCUAAGAGUGAUAUGAACCGCCACCUACAUGAGUACAUGGAGAUGUGUUCUAUGAAGAGGGGCCUGGACGUGCAGAUGGAGACGUGCAGGAGGCUCAUUAAGGGCUCUGGGGGCACCGGCAGGAACUCUCCAUCGUUCAGCUCGGUAGCGAGCAGCGACUCAGGGAACAGCGACGAGACCCAGGAAGAGCUGGAGAAGGACGGGGAGGCAGUAGGAGGUGUGAGCUGAUAACCACCCGCAGACCCUCGACCCUCCAACGCCUGGCUCCCCCACCUACUAACCCGGAGGAGACGGCGGAUGAAAUUGUGUCUUCCCGUCGAUGUUUUCUUCAGCAGAUUUCCAAUUGGUCAUUGAGGAGUCCUGUGGACUCAGCGUAAACUAUCGGUGCUUCCCUGUUUAUUAACCUCACUGGCUCACCACUGGUCAGAGUGUUAGUUAACCCUACUCAACACCAGGAUCUCCACACACUCCACUGACUGUCCACCUCUAGUCAUUUUACUGUGUAAUCAGCCCAGUAUUCAUCCUAUCUAUGUCAAGAUACAGGAAACCAAACAUAUUCAGCCACUGGUGGUCUAUCAAAGCAUUCCAGUGGUCUAUAUUACAUAUUUCCCAAAGGCUAGAUUGUACGAGAUCUGUGCUGGCCGACGCCGACAGAACCGUUGUUUCGGCUGUGUCAGAGGUGGAACUGAAUUAGAGCUGUCAAAUCCACCAGCAGCUCCAGCGUCAUACCUAAAGCGGACCUUGCCAUUGGCUGCCUGGGCGGCGUACAUACCCCAGCAGCUUUGUUUACAAGACGGAACACUGGAAUGUGAGUUAUAAUCUACAACUCAGUUAGGCUGAGAAUAUAGUUGUACAUUUACAUUUUACCUAAUUAUUUCCAUGUAGUGUACACGUUCACAUUAAGAACUUCUAAUGUGAGCAGGUCCACAGUCCACAGAACUAGAAAACUACCCUUCUAAUGUGAGCGUGACCACAGAACUAGAAACUCCCCUUUGCUAAUGUAACAUGUGGACAUAAACCUUAAGGGUCAUGUUGGCACCACUCAUCAGCCAGAUGUUAAAACCCCUUUGAAAGGACAGAACCCUGUGGUGAAGCAGAGGACCACCAGUUCAACCUGACUGUGGGGUUGUAAGACACUAGAUCAAAAAGUACUGUUAUAGAAGUAUGUCAUCCUCAACAAUAACUACUUCUAGAUAAGGUACCGCGUUUAACCACUUAGCAACUCUGACACGGGUGUAAAAGUACUUGGACUGGCUCAACGGGUAAGGAAAGUUCCUAAUUAAGACCUAAAAUACCGGGUGAAAGGAGUUCAUUUAGAUCUUAAUUAGGAACUUAUCGUACCUGGCGAACACAGCUAAGUACUGGUGAACACUGGGGAGAUGCUUUUUUUACACCUCUGUCCAACUAUUACUUAAAUGCAGAGUUAAUUGUGGAGGAAGGGCCCAUAAUAGCUGUUGGAAGGUAUCCAUUGCAGCAGUUAUGAUCCCCCUUCCCUCGGCAGCCUCAUGUGUAGGAUGUGUGUGGCUGGGAGACAAUGAUGACACCAACAGCUGCUCACCGUUUGGACAAUUCCAAUGUAGUUCCACCUCUUACAGGUUAAUGCUUGAACUGAUUGAAUCCAGGCCGAACCCCGCAUUCAUAACCAAGUAGGAAGGUGAUAUUCACCACAGACAAAUGGGGGAUAUCCAUUUAAUAACAUAAACCGAUACCUACUAGUAUGAAACGUGUCCGUUACCUUGAUAGCAUACAUUUACAAGUUAAAUGCAAGAACAUUUUUUAUUUUUAGAUGUAAUUAAAAUAAAUUGAUAUGUUUUAUUUUAACACUAUAGUUCCCCUAUACUUAAUGGGCAGACAGCUGGCCCGAUCCGGACCUAAACCAGUACAAUAUGGACCGUGCAUCCAUGAAAAUGGUUUCAUGUUCAUUCUGCCCCAUGGCAAAAUAAGUACAAGAAUGAGAACUGAUAAACAUGCUGUCUGCAAACAGGAAGGGUGUAAACAGUUUUGGGAUCGCGUGGGUUGCUAGGUGAGGGUUUACAGCUAGAUCUUUGCCUCCUAGGAAAUGUGUAGUUUAUUGUUGACACAGCUUUGUCAAACCACGGGAAUAAAUCCAAACUCUGUUCAUGACAACUGUUAACUUCCACCUACCCACUUGGUUGUGAUUCUAGCAUUAGUCUUAGCAGGGAGAAUGCAGUUCACCUACUAUACACAAGAGGUCAGUCUUCACUUACUGAAGAAUUAGAUUCACUCUGAGAUUGCCUUACUGUAGAUUCCAUUGCUUAAGCGCAUACAAGAGGCUCAGAGAGCCUUUGCAGGUACUGUAAGUCAGUAAACGUCCAAGUUCCCCUAUAUUUGGACAGAGCCAUCACAGGAGUGAUCCAUUUUACUGUUUUAUGCAAAUAAGCAAGCCUUACUUUUGUGGACCUCUAUUACUUAUCUGUCUUUUUUUUUAGUUGGGCAGUAAUGAACUGGUUCUUAAGCCAACAGUCUAGAUUACUUGGUGCCAGCUAUACUAAGCGUUUGCACAGGUGCAAAUCUGCACCUAUCAUUAUCACCGGGUAAUGGAAUAUAUCAAAGAGUCCUAAAUACAAAGCUAAAUGACAACACUGUGUUUAUUUGCGUGCCGAUUUAUGUUUUAUUUCUUGCUUUUGACCUUUCUAGUAACUCUUUACGUUUAAAAUGUCACUCAGACAAACAGGUGCAAUCACUGCAUCAGUGCCAACAUUUAGCGAAUCUGGCCUAAAUACAGUGUAUCCAAUGACUGCUCUUUCUUUCAGGAAUGUUGUCACUCAGUUUUUUCACAGGGUAAAUAUGGCAAGAUAUGGCCCUCUGAAUAAUACCCAUGUGCCUACUGAUAUGCUAGGCUGGUUUCAGAUUGUUUUUGCUGUACAGCCAACUCCCAUUAGCAAUUUGGCAUGAGAAUAACCGUACGAGUUGGCUGGACAGAACAAACAGAUCUGCAACCAGGCUUCUACGCUGGAGUAAUAUACAAUUGAGAAAUAUGAAUUGCCUUAUUAUAUUUGUUAUAUUUUUGUUAAAUGCUUCAGAACUAACAUUUAUAAUUUACAAUACGCACAGCCUGUUAUUCGUAUAUGUCUAGAUAUCAUUAUUGUUUGUAGCCUCUCCAAAAAUUGAAAAGCUGUAUUGAAUCAUAAGAAGAAAUAAUCAUGUGUAAAUAUUUCUUGAUUCUUGACGUUCAUAUUGGAAUAUAUCUGUUAGUUUCUUUGGGAACAGUCAUGGGUGCCAGGGAUUUGCUGGCUGCAAGUUUUGUAUUUGUAUUUUAUGUGCAGAAUGCAGCUAAAUGCAAAUGCUUGCAAAUGUACUGUAUGACUGAACCAUAUAUUUAAUAAACUGUGAUUUAA